CAAAACCAAAAGAGGAAGUAAAAAUAGCAAAAUUCCACUUACCUGGUCAAAAGGAAAGUAACCGUUUUUUCCUAAUACUAUUAAAUACAGCAUUCAAAAAUGUUUCAAGAAAAUGCCUACAGGGAACACCUAUCACUGAUGUUAUCAGAGGUAUUAAAUGACAUUGGUGUCAAUGAAGGAAUGGUGGUGAAAAGGAGAAGAGUGAACAUGCAUAAAGAGACUUUGACUAAUAUCAGGUACAAGUUAACUGAUAAAAAUAUUACUGAAUAUAAUCUAGGGAGUCAGAGUGAAGGUACAACUACUAUAGGUCUUCAUUCAGACAUUGAUGUAGUAGGCUGUAUGCAUAAUUACAAUAUAAUACAAUACUGGUCAGAGUGGGAAUAUGGCAAGGAAAACUAUCUCAUGAUACAGGAUGAGAACACUACCCCCGGGUAUUGUUUCUUACAACUGCUCCAUCCUUAUGUACCUCUUUGUUUAACCGGCACUCAUGAUGAACACCAUAUUACUGAUAGAAGAGGAAGAAUAUUGUUAAAAAACACAUUUAUCAAUGUUUUCCUUCAGGGUGCUUGUCAGCAGCAUGGACCAUCUAUUGCUGACCAAGGGCAACCUGGAUUCUGUGAUAUUGACAAAGUAAUUGCUUAUCCAUGUAAAUCAAGGCCUCAAUCAGCAUCAGGUUGGUUAGACAGACAGGGUAUUGGCAGAUGGCCAACACAAGAGAUGAGAAGAUAUGCAGCCAGUACUGGGUGUUUUGUUGUUGCAACUGGAAGUAAGGUUAGUGAAUAUCCUGAAUUGGAAUGGAGAAUAUCUACAUCAUUGACAGAAAGAUGCCUUAUGUUUAGUCUAAAUAUAACGCAAAUAAGGUGCUAUGUGCUAUUGAAAAUGAUUCUUAAAUCCUUCCUUAAUCCUCAAGAUGAAAUCAAUAUAUCAAGUUUCAUGUGUAAAACAGUUCUAUUACAUUGUAUAGAAAAGACGGAACCAAGUAUAUGGAAAGAUAACAAUUUAUUGACAUGUUUAACAUACUGCUUAUUGGAAUUACACAGUUGUGUACAGAAUGACUGUUGUUCACAUUUCAUUAUACCGGAAAAUAAUUUGAUGGCAGGGCAAUUUACAGCUGAGACAAAACAUGAACUUUCAAAACGUAUUUGUGAACUUAUACAGAAUGAUAGGCAACAGUUACUUAGAAUUGAUAUUGAUGAUCUUGGCCAUAGACUUCAAGUUAAACUGAACAUGGUACAACACAGAGUUUACUAUUUUAUGUCUUCUCUUGAAAUACAUGAACAUGUUUUGGCCACGGAAUAUCUAAACUUUGCAAGGGCCAUAAGUGUACAUUAUAAUUAUAUUUUAAAUCAUUUACACAAUGAAAACAUUAGAACAAUUAAGCAACAUAUAGUAAAAUUGAUGAACUUCAGUGAUAAUGGUAAUAGAUUAGAACAUGUUGCAUUCAAGUUCCUUGCACCAUUUCUUUUUACCACAUAUGGAUCUACCCUAGCAUCAUCAAGCAUUGGUGAAAAUAAUCAAGUGUCACCUCAAGCAUUGGUCUGGCUAUCAGCUGGUGUAAACUCAGAUAUAUCAUCUAGCAGACUUAAACUGGCAUCAGUGUUCUACAGUACAGGAUAUAUGGAGAAAGCUGAAUUCAUUUUGAGACACACUGAACAACAAUAUUACUCUUAUCCUGUCAUACCUAUCUGCGGCUGUUGGAAAACCCCUCCACCAGCAGUUACAGCAGAAUUAAUGAGGUUAUGUAGUGAACAAAGUGAGAACUAUAUCAAAAAGACAGCUGUUUGUGUCAGAUUCACACAGAAAGAAAUCAACUGUGUUCCUCAUGAACUACAAUAUGAAAUGUUCAGGUCUACACAAGAUGACAUGAUACACAGACAUAAAGAAUUAGAUUGUUGGAUGGACUCUGCUGUAGUUGAUUCUCUACCUUUCCUGUACUUUCUACAAUACAAGAUCUACAGUCAUCUACAAAUGUAUCAAGAGCAACAACAAGCAAUUAGUAAACUUAUAAGAACCAUAGUAAUUGAUGUAAACCUCAGACAUAGAGAAACAGCUCUCAACAUUUUAGGACAAUGUAUGGAACAAGAAAACAGACCUCAACAAGCAUUAAAAUGCUACCUGCUUUCUCUUCAACAAAGGACAAGAAACAAUGCAGCAAAUUUCCAUCUGUGUAAGCUCCUUUCUGGCUUAAUUGUCAGACUUCAGGCAUAAUUGCAAGCCAAUAAAAUGAAGUCAAAAACAUAAAGGCAUUAUAAAGAUUUUAGUUUAAUGAUCAUGCACUGCUUGUGUGUUAUGACAUAUUAUGUCCAUCAGGCUGCAGUACAGCUUAUACUCUUGAUCAAACAGAAAACAUGCACGGUCAUCUAUAUCAUAGUUAAAUUAGACUGAAAUGGAAGUUUAUACAGGCUUCAUACUUAUAACACUGUUGUUACUGUUAUGAUAUAGUUUUUAUGAUACAAGUACAUGCCUGUAUAUAUUCAGUUAUAGUAGAUAGAAUUGUUGUUAUUAUUAUCAAGUAGUUCAUCCAUAGAAAUACCCCGCUGUGUGCUUAUAGCACAUAAAAUAAAAAAAAAAAUUUUUGUUUGUUUGUUUCAUUUUACGCCUUUUCCCAACAGUAUUUCAGUCAUAAAGGCGGGUAGUUUCCUAACCAUCGUUCCUGGAAAGUUACACCAGUACUAGAUGACCUUCAUCCGCGCUAAACUACCAAAGCAUCUCCCGGGGAUCGAACCCACGCCAGAGAGGUAAUUGGAUUAGAAGUCAUCGACUCUAACCCCUCGACACCGGAGGCGGUAUAAAAAAAGAACAACAAUUAGUAAUGCGAACUUUAUUUUGAUAAGCACAUGUAGUGCAUUAUUUAUACAAUUAUGAAAAAUUAUUUCUUAAAAGUUUCGCUUCCGGCAUACUAAGAAAUAGUUUAAAAGAUUGGCUUAAUACAAUAUAUAUUGUUUACAAUUUGUUACUUUUAUAACAUCAAAUAUAUAUUUUUUCAUCAGGUGAUGUGCACGUUAUGUGAUCUGAAGCCAAUGUUGAAAUGUUAUAAAGCUCACUAUACUUAUAAGGCGUUUUUAUAUUUAAUGUCAUCUUUCAUUUUCUUAUAAAU